UGUGUGUCCUUCACCUCCUCUUUUCUUUGAGAGAAUCUCGAAAGAUAGAAAGAGAGAGAGAAAAGAGUUCAACUUGCAUAUGACAACUGCUGAGAACGUGUCGGUGUGUAGUAUAUAAGGCUUACACUCGUGCUGAAUUCUCGUUGCAAAUAAAUUUUUUAAUAUCACUAUGCAAUCCAGCUUGUUCGCCAUAGCGUCCGCCGUAGCUAGGAUAGCCCCAGUCAUAGCUGCUGGUAUGGAAAACGUCUGCACUCUGGGACCUUCAUAUUGGUGUACAUCAGAGGCAAAUGCAAUUGAAUGUAGUAUUGGCGACCCCGAAGUAGAUUGUCAGAAAUACUGUGAUGAUCUGGUCGAUAGUCCAUUCUGUGGCAUGUUAGAUCCUUGUACAUUGGGAUCUAGCUACUGGUGCGCCACUGAAGAGAAUGCCGACGAAUGCAACAUCGAAAAUCCCAUCGGUGAUUGCGAAGAUUACUGUAGCGAACUUGAGGAUUCACCGUUCUGUGUACCACUUGCUGAGUCAAAUCCGUGCACCCUGGGCGCUAGUUAUUGGUGUGCAAACAAAGAUAAUGCUGGCGAAUGUUUCAUCGCGGAUCCAGAGAGUGUGUGUCAACAGUACUGCGCUGAUAUUGUCUCGCCGUGGUGUUAGGAACGAGUAGGGAGUAUAAUGAUACUUCAACUUACGUGUAUAGUUGUAUAAAAACAUUACAACUCUAUGUAUAUGCACAUGUUUAGUCAUAUGUCUAUUAAAAAGCGACGGUUUGCAACGAGUCAAACCGUCAAUAGUCAGUUGACCAUUUUGAGAUUAAACCGCAAAGAAUAAGUAGAAAUUGAAAAUAUAUUUGGAUUGCAUCGGUGUCGCCCAGCACAACUACCAGGGCAGCUAAUGCCAACAUACAGCCAACUCACAAAAUACAUACAGUGGGCUGCCAUAGCAACAUACGCGAUCAUCGAUAGCGGGUUGUGAUAGCAUGCUGCUGCUUUCCAGUCAGUCUCAACUUGCCAUAUUACACACUGUCCUGAUAACAAAUACCCAAGGUACCUUGGUACGAAAUUGUUCAAGAUCGCUUUCGCCAAUAAAUAGUUUCAAUCGAAGGUCUGAGGUAUAAAUGGC